CUUAAUUUUUUCCCUAAAUAUCUUAUUGUAUUUCCAGUCAUGUGGUCAAAACUCAAGUAGUCAAAACACUAACUGGCACUCCGAGCAUGGAACAGUCCACGCAGCCAUCUCAUCCGGUGAUGGGAAUUGUCACUGGUGCUGCCCAAAUAGCAUAUGCUGCUCCUACUUACCAAUCUGCGGCAAUGGUAACCGGAGCUCCAGCAGUAAUUGGAGCCAUACCAUCUCCUGCACAACCAACCUCAACCUUCCCCACUAGCCCAGCGCAGCUCACAAGCCAGCACCAGCUUGCUUACCAGCAGGUCCGACAGUUCCAUCACCAGCAGCAGCAGCAACAACAGCAGCAGCUCCAGACCUUCUGGGCUAACCAGAUGUUAGAGAUUGAACAUGCUACUGAUUUCAAGAACCACAGCCUGCCGCUUGCUCGGAUUAAGAAAAUCAUGAAGGCCGAUGAGGAUGUCAGGAUGAUCUCAGCUGAGGCCCCCGUGAUCUUUGCCAAGGCAUGUGAGAUGUUUAUACUGGAGCUCACACUAAGAUCAUGGAUCCAUACUGAGGAAAACAAGAGAAGAACACUUCAAAAGAAUGAUAUAGCUGCUGCUAUAACCAGGACUGACAUAUUUGACUUUCUAGUUGAUAUUGUUCCCAGGGAUGAGCUAAAGGAAGAGGGCAUUGGGAUUGCCAGAGCUGCUUUGCCUACCAUGGGUGCUCCUGCUGACUCGGGCCCCUAUUACUAUGUACCAGCACAGCAUCAGUUGGCAGGCCCAGGGAUGAUCAUGGGGAAGCCAGUUGAUCAAGCAACCACAGCGGCAAUGUACACUGCCCAGCCACCUCAUCCGGUGGCUUACAUGUGGCAGCAGCCUCAGCAGCAGCAGGCACAGCAGCAGCAACAAAUGCCUGAUAGCGGCUAAAUAUAUAAAAAGGAUAGAGAACUACUAAAUGGCUCAGGAAUUUUCAGUCCCAGGAAGGAAAGUUGUUCAACCAAAUGGCAUGUACUCAUCUGCUGUAAGAGUGGUUGUUACGAUUAGCGUUCCAUUGACCUUUUGUUGGUUAGUAGGUCAAGUAUUUAAAACCCUAGAGUUUUUGCCAGAGUUGAAGGGUCUCAAUUUUUUGUACUGGUGUUUUAUCUGAGCUGUCAUUUUCUGACUUGGUAGGGAAUAAAACAUAUUGUUCUUAAUUUAAAACUGAUAUCCGUGAUCUCUAGAGGAUUGUUGUGAGAAUCAAUACUGGGAGUGGGGGACCUGGAUUUUGGAUCUUCAGACGGUUCUCGUCUGUUCAACGUACGUUACGAUGUUAAA